GGGAGCAGGAGGCCACGGAGCAGCCCAGGCCGCCUGCGCCCCAUGGCCCAGCCCCGCUCUGCCCAGUUGCACGGGGACGCGGAUGGCUUCCGGGCCGCCCUGGCCAGCCUGGUAGACAGCCCGCGGUUCAGUGACGUGACCUUCCUCGUGGGCCGGGAGAGGCGCGAGGUGUUCGCCCACCGCUGCAUCCUCGCCUGCCGCUGCCCCGGGCUCCGGGGGCUCCUGGACAGCCCCCCAUCGGCCCCCAUUGCCCUCAGCAGCGCCCAGCCCGAAGCCUUCCUGGCCGUGCUUGAGUUCCUGUACACCAACCGUGUGCACCUCACCAGCGUCACCGCCCUGGAGGUGCUGGCCUCGUCCGUGGAGUACGGGCUGGACGACCUGCGGCAGCUGUGCGUGGAGUUUGUGAUGGGCACGCUCAGCGUGGAGACGGCCUGCGAGGCCCUGCAGGCGGGGGUGACCUGCGGGCAGGCGGAUCUGCAGCAGCGCUGCUUGGCCUUCAUCGAGGACAACACCCAGGCCGUGGUGGGCACGCGAGGCUUCCAUGAGCUGUCGGAGGCGGCGCUGGUCCCGGUGCUCCGCAGCGACCGUCUGACCAUCGAUGAGACCGACCUCAUCGCCGCCGUGAGGGGCUGGGCCCGCGUCAGCGCCCAGGCGGUGUUCGGGUGCCCCGUGGCAGCCGUGGCGGAUGGGCCGACCCGGGAGCUGCGCCUGCCCCUGCUGGCCCCUGGCGAGCUGGCCGCGCUGGAGAGCCAGAACCAGCGGGACCCUCUGCUGCCGGUGAGACCCCUGCCCCAUCCGUCCCCGUGUCCAGCUACGCUUCCCGGGCAGGCGCCAUCCCUCUGUGCCCAUCACUGUGGCCUCAGGCCUGGCUCCCCCGGGGGGUGCCCUGAUGCCCUCCUGAGCCAUGCUGGGGGCCAGGGGAGGCACAUGGGGGGGCUCCCCUGAGCUCGUGGGCCCCGGGCACCCCCCCAUGGCUAAGCCCCAUCCUUUGCCCGGCAGAUGGAGAGCGUGGCUGAGGCUUGGCGCUGCCAUGCGCUGCAGGGCAAUGGGGGGGCCCCGGCACAGCUGUGCCGUCCCCGCCGCGGCA